UUGGGGCGGCGAGGGCAGAGCCUGGCGCACGAUGGCCGCGGCGCGGCGGCGGCUCCUCUGGGCGCUCCUCCCGCCGCUCUUCGCCCUCUGCCCGGCGCAGACGGAGUCCCCCGGCUCCCUGGGGCUCAGCCUCCACCCGCCUUAUUUCAACCUGGCCGAGACGGCCGGCAUCUGGGCCACGGCCACAUGCGGGGAGAAGGAGGAGGAAGAGGAGGAGGAGGAGGAGGAGGCGGGCGGCGGCGGCGGGCGGCCGGAGCUGUACUGCAAGCUGGUGGGGGGCCCCGCCGCCGCCCCGCUGGGACGUGCCAUCCAGGGGCAGUUUUGUGAUUAUUGCAAUGCCGCUGAUCCCAGAAAAGCUCACCCAAUAACUAAUGCGAUUGAUGGAACGGAGAGUUGGUGGCAAAGUCCUCCUCUGUCUAUGGGUUUAAAAUACAACGAAGUCAAUGUCACUUUAGAUCUGGGACAGCUUUUCCAUGUUGCCUAUAUCCUUAUCAAGUUUGCAAAUUCUCCUCGUCCAGAUCUCUGGAUCUUAGAAAGAUCAGUGGACUUUGGAAAAACGUACACUCCCUGGCAAUAUUUUGCUCACUCCAAAGCAGAUUGUUUGGAACGCUUUGGGAAGGAAGCUAAUAUUCCUGUGAGGAGGGACAAUGAUGUCAUUUGCACUACAGAGUAUUCUCGCAUUGUGCCUCUUGAAAACGGAGAGAUUGUAGUAUCUUUGGUAAAUGGCCGCCCAGGAGCAAAAAACUUCACUUAUUCCCCUAGUCUUCGAGAAUUCACAAAAGCAACAAACAUCCGCCUUCAUUUUCUCAGAACUAAUACACUUCUUGGACACUUGAUAUCAAAAGCUCAACGAGACCCUACUGUAACCCGUAGAUAUUACUACAGUAUAAAGGACAUCAGUGUUGGUGGUCGAUGUGUUUGCCAUGGCCAUGCUGAAGUAUGUAAUGCAAAAAGUUCUGAAAACCAAUACCAGUUUCAGUGUGAAUGUCAGCAUAACACUUGUGGGGAAACCUGUGACCACUGCUGUCCUGGAUAUAAUCAAAAACAGUGGCAACCUGCAACAGCUGGGAACACAAAUAUAUGUGAACCCUGCAAUUGCUAUGGACAUGCCACUGACUGCUACUAUGAUGCUGAUGUUGACCAGCGUCAAGAAAGCUUAAACAUUCAUGGGCAUUAUGAAGGUGGAGGAGUCUGCAUUAACUGCCAGCAUAAUACAGCUGGUAUUAACUGUGAGAAGUGUGCAAAGGGUUAUUAUCGUCCAUAUGGUGUUCCAGCAAGAGCUCCUGAUGGCUGUAUACCCUGCAGUUGUAACUCAGAGCAUGCAGAGGGCUGUGAAGAAGGGUCUGGCCGCUGUUUCUGUAAGCAGAAUUUCCAGGGAGAAAACUGUGAACGCUGUGCUGAUGGUUUCUAUAGUUUUCCAUUUUGUAUCCGUAUUCCUGUAUAUCCUUUUACUUCUCCAAAUCCAAGCGAUGCUAUAGCUGGUGACAUAAUAGAAGGUGGCUGCAAACCAGGGUAUUUUGGCCCCCAGUGUCUGCCAUGUGAAUGUAACUCAGCGGGUACCCGUCCUGAAGUCUGUGAUUUUCGUGGAAGGUGUCUUUGUCACUCAGGGGUACGUGGACUUCAGUGUGACAGCUGUCAACCUGGCCACCACUCAUUCCCUGUCUGUGAAGAAUGCAACUGUGAUUCAGUUGGCUCAGUGGACAAUAUAUGUGGUCCUAGAGGACAGUGUCUGUGCCACGGGAACUUUGCUGGAUUUAAAUGCAACCAGUGUGCUCCAGGUUUUUACAGCUAUCCCAGCUGCUUCCCUUGUCAGUGCUCUCCUCUUGGUUCCCAGCACAGCACAUGUGAGCCAACAGCAGGGCAGUGUGAGUGUCAAACAGGUGUUACGGGGAGACGGUGUGACAGAUGCCUUUCUGCAGACUACAGUUUCCCCUACUGUGAAGGAAUCAACAGUGAAUGUGACCCUUCAGGUAGUGCUGGUUCUCAUUCCGGCUAUUGUCAAUGUCUUCAGCACGUUGAAGGUCCUACAUGUAGUAAAUGCAAACCGUUGUACUGGAACCUGGCCAAAGAAAACCUUGAAGGAUGUACAGCAUGCCAUUGUGAUGUGAGUGGAACGCUAAGUGGAGUUGGAGAAUGUCAACAGGAAAAUGGACAUUGUUAUUGCAAAUCCAAUGUUUGUGGAGAUUCCUGUGACACUUGUGAAGCAGGUUAUUAUGCUCUUGAAAACAAGAAUUAUUUUGGCUGCCAAGGCUGUCAGUGUGAUGUCGGAGGAUCCAUCAGUUCUGCGUGUGCUGAACCCUCGGGUGCCUGCCAGUGCAGAGAGCACGUUGUGGGGAUGACCUGUCAGGAGCCUGAACAAAACUAUUUUUUCCCUGAUCUGCACCACAUGAGGUUUGAGAUUGAAGAUGGAACUACUGUCCAGGGAAGGGGAAUUCGGUUUGGCUAUGAUCCUCAGGAAUUUCCUAACUUCAGUUGGAGAGGAUAUGCCCAGAUGUCUUCUAUACAACCAGAGGUGGUUGUACCUGUCACUGUGGCUUCCCCUAAGCUCUUCCACCUAGUCCUCCGCUAUGUCACCCUGGGUUCAAAAAGCUCUAAAGGGAAGAUCUCAAUUGCUGAGGGAAAACAUUUUGGCACUAACUAUACUUGGGCUGCUCAGAGCAAAGAAUUUGUCUUCCCACCCAGCAAGGAGCCAGCUUUUGUCACAAUCCCAGGAAAAAGCUCCACAGAAUCUUUCUCAUUGGUUCCAGGAAUGUGGAUUGUCAGUAUAAUGGCAGAGGAAGUCCUCUUGGAUUAUAUGGUGCUGUUACCUAGUGAUUAUUAUGAAGCAUCCAUCUUGCAGAUACAAGUUACGGAGCCUUGCACCUAUCCUGGACGUGUUUCAACAGAGAACUGCUUGCUCUAUCAGCAUUUGCCAUUGGGCAGAUUUUCCUGUGUCCUCGGUUCAGAGGCAGCGUAUUACAGACAUGGGGGAGAAUACAGAAGAAUACCUGUUCGACAGCCAACUCCUGAUCAUCCAGUGAUGUCCCAUAUCAGUGGAAGAGAGGUCAAUUUACAGAUGACCAUAAAUGUUCCUCAAGUCGGUCGCUAUGUUCUAGUUUUUGAAUAUGCCAAUGAAGAUGACCAGUUAUACACUGCUGAGGUAAAAAUAAAUAGCCCUGGACCUGUCAUAGAAGGCAGAGUGAGAAUAUACAGUUGCAAAUACAGUUUCCUUUGUCGCAGCAUUGUUGUGGAUGACAGAAAUCGUGUUGUAGCCUAUGAUCUUCUAGCAGAUACAAAGAUACAUCUUAAGGCAUCAUCAAUUAAUUUUCUUCUGCACAAGGUUUGUAUUAUAUCAGCUGAAGAAUUUUCUCCAGAAUAUGUGAAUCCUAAAGUACAUUGCAUAGCUGUUUACAGGAGUACCCAUGAUGGAAGUGUAACAUGCAUUCCAUCAGUGUAUGAAACUCCACCAGCGGCUUUGGUUUUGGAUACAUUCAGGGAUGGGAAAAUCUCUGAAGUACAGAGAAAUAUACUCCAUGAUCCACUGAGUGCCCCUUUACCUUCUGACUCAGUUAACGGAGUCAUCUUGACAUCAUCACAGAACCAGAUUACCAUGAGUGGCAGAGUGCCCCACUUGGGCAGAUAUGUAUUUGUGCUACAUUUUUAUCAGCCAGCACAUCCAACGUUCCCCGUGCAGGUGCAUGUGAAUGCAGGACGUGUGUGGUCAGGUUCCAUCAAUGCUUCAUUCUGCCCUCAUACUUCUGGCUGUCGGGAUCAGGUGAUUGCAGAAAACCAAAUUGAGCUUGACAUUUCUGAACCUGAAGUCUCUGUUACAGUGAUGGUACCUGACGGAAGAAUGCUGGUUUUGGAAAAUGUCUUAGUUGUUCCAGCAGACAACUACAGUUACAAAAUUCUUGACAAAAAGACUGUGGACAAAUCAUUUGAUUUUAUCAGCCAAUGUGGAGGAAACAGUUUUUAUAUUGACCCAGAAAGAUCGUCAGCCUUCUGUAAGAAUUCUGCAAGGUCACUAGUGGCUUUCUACAACAACGGAGCAUUGCCAUGUAAUUGCCACAGCCAAGGUGCCGUGAGCCCCACUUGCAGCCCCCUGGGAGGGCAGUGUAUCUGCAGACCUAAUGUCGUUGGUCGUCAGUGCAGCAGAUGCCAAACUGGCUACUAUGGAUUUCCAUUCUGCAAGCUGUGCAACUGUGGGCAGCGUCUUUGUGAUGACAUAACUGGUAAGUGCAUUUGCCCUCCUCGAACUGUGAAACCAACGUGUGAAGUGUGCGAGAAACAUUACUUCAGCUAUCACCCUCUCGCUGGCUGUGAGAGUUGCAACUGUUCAGAAAGAGGAGUUAUUCAUGUGGCGAGCCCAGACUGCGAAAAAAACAACGGGCAAUGCAAAUGCAAACCAGGAAUAAAAGGGCGGCGGUGUGAUCAGUGUGCUCCAGGUACUUACGGUUUCCCAAACUGCGUGCCAUGUAAUUGUAACAGAGAUGGAACAGAACCAGUUAUUUGUGAUCCCCAUACAGGAAUUUGCCUCUGCAAGGAGAAUGUAGAAGGUGCAGAAUGCAGUGUUUGCCGACCAGGAUCGUUUUAUCUGGACCCUUCUAAUCCCAAGGGAUGCACCACUUGCUUUUGCUUUGGGGCAACCAGCAACUGUCGCAGCACAAAUCGUCGUAGAACCAAGUUUGUGGACAUGAGGAACUGGCGCUUGGAGACAAUGGAUGGAAAUACUGACGUUCCAGUCACGUUCAAUCCAGUCAGUAAUAGUGUAGUGGCUGAUGUUCAAGAAUUGCCUACUUCAGUGCAUAGUUUGUACUGGAAAGCACCACCAUCUUACCUGGGAGAGAAGCUUUCUUCAUAUGGUGGCUUCCUAAGUUACCAAGUGAAAUCUUUUGGCUUACCUAGUGAAGGCAUGGUUCUUCUGGAUAAGAAACCUGAUAUACAACUAUCAGGCCAGAACAUGAAAGUUGUUUAUGUGGAUCCUAACAACCCACUGCCUGACCGUCAAUAUUAUGGCCGUGUGCAGUUAGUUGAGGGAAACUUCAGACACGCCAACAGCAAUAACCAGGUAUCCAGGGAAGAACUGAUGAUAAUCCUGUCUAGACUAGAUGGUUUACACAUCAGAGGCCUCUACUUCACGGAGACUCAACGAUUAACCCUUGGUGAGGUUGGGCUGGAAGUAACCACCAGCACAGGAAGUGGCAGCAUUGCAUACAAUGUAGAGACAUGCUCCUGCCCUCCAGAGUAUUCCGGUGACUCAUGUCAGGAAUGUGGCCUUGGAUUUUAUCGUGAGAAUAAAGGAGUAUUUACUGGACGCUGUGUGCCCUGCAACUGCAAUGGAAAUUCAAAUAGGUGCCAGGAUGGUACUGGAAAAUGUUUAAACUGCCAGUAUAAUACUGCUGGGGAAAAAUGUGAACGCUGUAAAGAUGGUUAUUUUGGAGAUGCCACUCAGGGUUCCUGUCGGAUAUGUCCUUGCCCCUAUACAAACAGAUUUGCAACUGGCUGCGUGGCAAAUGGUGAGGAAAUUCAGUGUCUCUGCAAAGAAGGCUAUACAGGCGUUCGCUGUGAACGUUGUGCUCCAGGAUAUUUUGGAAAUCCACAAAAAUACGGAGGCUACUGUCAGAAAUGUAGUUGUAAUAAUAAUGGACAGCUGGCUAGCUGUGACCGCCUGACCGGAGAAUGUUUUAACAAUGAACCAAAAGAUGUGGAUCCCAAUGAAGAUUGUGACUCUUGUGAUAGCUGUGUAAUUACAUUGCUGAAGGAUUUGAGCACAAUAGGUGACGAACUUCAGCUGAUUAAGUCUCAGCUGCAAAAUGUCCGUGCAGAUACCAACACAUUGGAGCAAAUGAGACGGUUGGAAAUACGCAUCAAAGACUUAAAGGUCUUAUUGAACAAUUACCGUUCUGUCGUCCGUAAUCAGGGUUCAAAGGCAGAUGAAUUGGAGAAAGAAAUCAGUAAGCUAAAUCACGACAUCAGUGCUCUCCAGGAAAAGGCUGAAGUGAACUAUAAAGCAGCUGAGAUGCUCUUUAAUAAUUUUGGCCAAACUCAUCAGAAGGGAAAGGAUUUGGUUUCAAGAAUACAAAUAGUUGUCAAUAAUAUACAAGUGCUUUUGGAACAAAUAGCUGGUACAAAUGCAGAAGGUAACAAUUUGCCCUUGGGUGAUGCUGCCAAAGAACUGGCUGAAGCUCAACAAAUGAUGACAGAGAUGCGAAAGCGCAACUUUAGCCAACUGCAAGCAGAUGCAGUGAAGGAGAGAAAGGAAGCUCAGCUGCUACUGGAGCGUAUCAAGAAUGAACUACAAAAGUACCACCAAGAAAAUCACGGGCUUAUUAAAAUUGUGAGGGAUUCAUUGAAUGAAUUUGAAUCCAAACUCACUGACCUUCGUGAAGCUCUGAAUGAGGCGACAGCACAAACCAAACAAGCUGAAAACUUAAACAGUGAAAAUGGAGUUCUAUUGGAAGAUAUUAAGAAACGGAUCGAGGAGACAAAUGAACAACAGAACAGCGUCUUGGAUAUUUUGAGCUCUGCCCGAUCUUCCUUGACUCAAGCUAACAGUAUGCUGGUAUUAUUGCAGAAAAGCAAAGAGGAAUAUGAAACCCUGGCUGCUCAGCUUGAUGGAGCAAGGAAGGAUAUGAAUGAAAAGCUGACAAAUCACUCCUUAUCAGCAAGCAAAGAACCUUUGGUGGUGAGAGCUGAGGAACAUGCCAAAUCCUUGCAAAACUUGGCAAAACAACUGGAAGAAAUUAAGAACAAUGCCAGGAAGGAUGAGUUGGUAGGCUGUGCUGUGGAAGCUUCUACUGCCUAUGACAAUAUUAUUAAUGCCAUCAAAGCAGCAGAAGAAGCAGCCAAUAAAGCCGGGACUGCAGCUGACUCAGCUUUAUCAACUGUGAAGAGAGAAGACCUAUCAGGAAAAGCUGCAAAGUUAAAAGCUGAGAGCAGUUCACUGUUGAAUCAAGCACAGGAGACUGAAGGGAAAUUAAAAGCUAUUGGUCCAACCCUUGAAGACAUGACACAAAGACUUGGUGUUGCUGAUGGAAAGAAGAAUAAGCUACAAAUUGAUCUCAUUGCUCUUCAGAAUGAUCUCAAUGGGGUAAACAGAGAUGACAUCGGCAACAUCAUCACUAGUGCAAAGGACAUGGUAAAAAGUGCCAAGGAUGUCACAACUAAUGUAUUGAGUGAACUGCUCCCAAUUAAAACAGAUGUGGAAAAAAUCAAAACUACCUACGGAAGCACACAGAGUGCUGGCUUCAGUAAAGCACUGACAGAGGCAAACAAUUCAGUUAAAAAAUUGACAAACCAGCUUCCCGAUCUGUUCAGCAAGAUUGAGAGUAUCAAUCAACAGCUAAUGCCAAUAAGCAACAUCUCUGAGAAUGUCAACCGCAUAAGAGAACUGAUUCAGCAGGCAAGAGAUGCUGCAAAUAAGGUUGCUAUUCCUAUGAGGUUCAAUGGCAGCUCCGGUGUAGAGGUUCGACCUCCAAGCAACCUUGAAGAUUUGAAAGCCUAUACUUCACUUUCUUUCUUCCUCCAAAGACCUCAGAAAAGAUCAGACAUCCCUCAGAGGGCAUCAAAUAAGUUUGUCCUGUAUCUGGGUAAUAAAGAUGCUUCCAAGGACUAUAUUGGUAUGGCUGUAAAAAAUGGUCACCUUACUUGUGUCUAUAACCUGGGAGACUAUGAAGCCGAAAUAGCUGUGCAGCCAUUGGUGAUUGAAAGCAACACUGAGGAAGCCAUCAUGGAUCAAGUGAAGCUUGAAAGGAUCUACCAGUACGUAAAGCUGAAUUACAUCAAAGCAGCAACAUCAACUUCUCCGGAGUUUGAAAGUCCUUUGACUAUGAGCAGUGAAGGCAUAGACACUCUCCUAGAUCUUGAUCCCAGCAGUGUCGUCUUUUACGUUGGAGGAUACCCACCAGAUUUUAGGCCUCCACGUAGUCUGGACUAUCCUCAUUAUGAAGGCUGCAUUGAAUUAGACAACCUAAAUGAAAAUAUUAUCAGCCUUUACAAUUUCAAGAGGACGUUUAAUCUCAAUACCACUGAAGUGCAACCCUGCAGAAGAUACAAAGAAGAGUCUGACCAAAACUACUUUGAAGGCACUGGUUAUGCCAGUGUCACCUCUAAAGAAACAAAUGCAAAUGUGCCAAUACGUUAUGAGCAGACGAUUCAGACUACUUCAGAUGAAGGCAUAAUAUUUUUUGCAGCAAAUGAGGAUCAGUUCAUCAGUGUGCUCAUUAAAGAUGGCCACCCAGUUUUUAGAUACAAAAUUGACUCUGAGCCUCCAAAACAAAUAGAACGCAAUGCAACUUUAAACGAUGGAACAUAUAAACAAAUUAGCAUGUUGCUUGCCCGAGGCAAGAAUAUUGUUUAUGUCAGCUAUGAUAUUACAGCCAACAUAAAAGUCUUCAGUUUCACUAAGUACUAUCUAGGCGGAAUUCCAUCUUCUCUGCGGAAACAAUUUAAUAUAACCACACCUCCAUUCCGGGGCUGCAUGAAGAAUGUGAAAAACCCUAAGACUGCAUCUGUUGUUUUUGAUGAGACUGUUGGGGUCAGCAAGAAAUGUUCAGAUGACUGGAAGCUCAUCAGAUCUGCAUCUUUCUCCAAGAAGGGCACACUGAGCCUGAGCGCGGAGGGUUUCCCAUUUCCCCAAGAUUUCCAAGUUGGCUUUGGUUUUCGCACGAUGGCAUCGACUGGAACACUCUUAAAUUACAAUCUAAGGCCUGAUACUCUUACAAUCUUUCUGAGUCCUGGCUUUGUAUUUGCAAAGAUGGGAGAGAAGGAACUCUCUCUAAACAAGACAUAUGAAGAUGGGUUAAUGCAUUAUGUGACAGUAAUGAGAAGAGCCAACAGAGUAAGUCUACUGGUUGAUGAUAAGCCUGCAUCAAUAUUAGUUGACUCUUCAAGAUCACGGAUAUCAAUGCAGCCUAUAAUAUUUGGUGGAGAUGAUUUUGAAGGCUGCAUCUCAAACAUCUUUAUAGAAAGGACAGAUCAGCUCCCCGAGGUUCAAAAUCUCAUUCAUCAUACUGAAAAGAGGGGUGUAUCCCUUGGAGCUUGCCACCAACAUGAGAACCUUGAACCAAUGCUGCUGAAAGAAUUCAAAAAUCCACUCAGGUUUAAGAUGCUAAAGCAUGAAAAAUAUGUUGACCAUUUGACAGAUUAUAAUGUGCAGCAUGACCAGCAAAACCACAAUUUAUCAACUUGGUUAAAUGCCAACAGUGAAGCGUAUCUACUUGGAAACACCCCCAACAGUUUUAUAUCCUACACAUUUUCUCCACCUACGCCUACAGACAGGUUACAUUUUUCUGUAGAUAUACGGACUCGAUCAUCAAGAGGAUUAAUAAUUUUCAUGGAGGAAACGUCUGAGAAUUCUUAUAUAUCUCUCCACAUUUCAAAAGGACAUUUUGUCUUUUCACUUAGUUCUGGAGGAAAACGAUUCAAAAUCAAAACUGCUACUAAAUACAAUGAUGGGCAAUGGCACACUGUGGUCUUCAGCAGAGAUGGGAAGAAUGUACUCCUUGUUGUUGACGGUCUAGCGGCCCAGCAUGGAAGAUUAGCAAGAAAUUCUCCUGUCAGCAUUAAGCCACCAAUCUAUCUGGGAGGCCUGCCAUCACUGAAAAGACAGAGUAUACCAGUGAAGAGUUUCAAGGGUUGCCUGAGGAAUUUUAAGAUGAACGGAAAAAUCAUGAAUGCACCUCAGCAAAAAAAUGGUGUGCUUCCAUGUCUGGAUACUCCCAUGGAGAUGGGGAUCUAUUUCUUUAAGGAAGGAGGAUACAUUGCCAUUGACAAUUUGCGAAUGGGCUUGGAUUUUAGGAUUGUAUUUACCAUUCGGCCAAGGAGUUCAACGGGUGUAUUACUCCAUUCUGGAAGCAAGCCAGACAACUACUUGACUGUUUACAUGGAAGAAGGAAAACUCAUUGCUGCUGGAAAUAGUGGCGCUGGAGAAUUCCAGACAACAGUCACACCUCGGCAAUCUCUGUAUAACGGACAGUGGCAUACAAUUGCAGUCUCUCGGACAGGGAACGCUGUGCAGCUCGAUGUAGGCACCCAGAGUAACAAUACCACUGGACACCCACCCUUUUCUCCUAGACAUCUGCAUCAGCCACUCUACUUUGGCAAAAUUCCAGCAAAUUUGGACACACCGUGGCUUCCAGUUAAAGACUCAUAUUUUGGCUGUCUUCGGAAUAUUAACGUCAACGGCAAACCUGUCUCCACCAAGAGAAUUUCAGAGGUUCAUGGUGUAGUGAGUUUGCAUGGGUGCCCGGCCACGUAACUGUGCUGUUGCAGUAUUUGUACACUCAUCAGGUUGGGCCUGCUGAAGAACUACGUGAAUUCAUGCAACGUGGGUUCCACUUCUGCUGAUCGCUGGGUCACUGUCAUCAGGCUGGUUAUUCACAAGAGCUGGUGAGCAAAUGCAUCCUCUGGAUGUGGACGGCGCCAAAGCAAUUUUAAACUACGGACUUUGAUAAACUCCCUAUUAAAUGUUAUUGAUUUCCAAGGUAAUCCGUUGUGUCUUUUGAAAUAUAUGCAGAAAAUAUAAUUGUAUAUACCCUACUGGGCCAAAUUCUGCUCUCACCCACAACAGCGUGGAACUAAGUAACUCCUGUGGCUUAAGUUCAGAAAUUGACCUUAAUGCUGGUCAUCUUGAGAGCAAUUUGACCCACUAAUAUAAAGAAUUUUAUAAAAAAUAUAAAUCUCUUUGGAUUGAUGAACAGAAUGUCUAUACAGAAAUGUACAUUAAUGUUAAAAGUAAUAAUAAUAUAAAAGGAGUUUGAAGCACUUUAAGGAGUGAAACUCUGGGAGUUUUUUACAAUGCUAGGAAUUCUGGGGCCAAAUAAAUACAGUAUGUUUUUAAAACCA